UUCCGGAAGACUUCUCCUGCAGCCAAUCAGCGUUAAGACCUUCCUCCUUCACCGGAAGGCGCUGUCUCCUGGAGCAACCAACCAGACCGCUGUCUUCAGUUUGGUGGCGGGAAAAGGCCAUGAGUAAAAGCCGGGCCGAGGCUGCGGCCGGAGCCCCCGGGAUCAUCCUGCGGUACCUGCGGGAACAAAACCGGCCCUACAGCGCGCAGGACGUGUUCGGAAACCUGCAGAAGGAACAUGGACUGGGCAAGGCGGCGGUGGUGAAGGCUCUGGAUCAGUUGGCCCAGGAAGGCAAGAUCAAAGAGAAGACGUACGGCAAGCAGAAAAUUUAUUUUGCCCAUCAGGACCAGUUUGACGCAGUGAGUGAUGCUGACCUCCACAGCCUGGAUGCCAAAAUUGCAGCCCUCAUUGCCAAGGUGCAGAGCUUACAGCAAAGCUGCCGCCACAUGGAGGCUGAGCUGAAGGAAUUAACAAAUGCGCUGACCACUCCUGAGAUGCAGAAAGAGAUCCAGGAGUUAAAGAAUGAAUGUGCUCGUUAUACAGAGAGGCUAAGGAAUAUCAAAGCAGUCACCAACCAUAUCACUCCAGAAGAGAAAGAGGAGGUAUACAAAGACAGACAGAAGUAUUGUAAAGAGUGGAGGAAGCGGAAGAGAAUGACCACCGAGCUGUGUGAUGCCAUCCUUGAAGGAUACCCCAAGAGCAAGAAACAGUUCUUUGACAACCAAGGAGUAGAGUGGCUAAUGAGUCACCAAUGACGUGGGCCAAAGCUGGACCUGGCACUGACUGGAGUGCUCACAUUAUGGUUGCCACAUGAGACCUUCACUGGGUUAGGCAGCAAGGAGAAACAGAACACUAAACCUGUAGACACCCUGUAGAAUCCCAAAGACAACCAACCACACUGCUUUUCUAAUGGUUUGGAUCCGUUUGCUUGGAAGUAAUAAGAGAGCCUCAGACCCCAUGACCCCUGCUGCCACAUACCUGUGGCUCACAGUGUUCCUCAAUCCAGCUGAAGACACAAGCUGACAGCUCCUGGAAGCUGGCCACAGAGAUAGAGGCAUUGAAAGACUGGAAU